GCACGUGAGAGACCCGGCGAAGGAAGAAGAAUUAGACGAAAAAAAAGAAAGACAGGAUUUUAAGAGAAGAAAAAAGAAGAAAAAGAAAAACAGGAAAAGAAAAAAUAAACGCGAUCGAAUUGUUGUGUUGGCGCGAACGCAUCUAGUUCGAUGUGCAUGUGUGUGUUCUUCUGUGAGUUAUAUCCACGUAGAAGACGAACGCAUUAGUGUUUACGGGAAAAAAAGAAGAAAAUAUAUCAAAGGAGCAUCAUGGCUCAAAUGGAGCAACAAUUACCUAUACCUAUGCCAGAUUUAAGUACUCUUCGUAUAACAACUGCAGUUUCUAUGCUUGGUAAAGCAUAUGGAUGCGGACAGUGCAGUGCCCCCCCACCUGGACCAACAACAAGUACUUCUGUUGGAACGGCCGGAGCAACUGGGAGCAAUGUCGUCGCUCCUAGUUCUUUGGGUCUCGUUCCUGCACAACAAACACAUACUCCGCCUCAACCUCCAGAACUGCCAAUGUUUUCAUGCCCACGAAGGCCCAACAUAGGUCGUGAAGGUAGACCAAUUGGAUUGAGAGCAAAUCAUUUCCAAAUUACAAUGCCACGAGGCUAUGUGCAUCAUUAUGAAAUUAAUAUACAACCUGACAAAUGCCCUCGCAAAGUCAAUAGGGAAAUCAUAGAAACAAUGGUACACGCAUAUAGCAAGAUUUUCGGAACUCUUAAACCUGUGUUUGAUGGAAGAAAUAACUUGUAUACAAGGGACCCUUUGCCUAUUGGAACUGAUAAAAUAGACUUAGAGGUAACACUGCCUGGUGAGGGUAAAGAUCGUGUUUUCAGAGUGGUAAUAAAAUGGGUAGCUCAGGUUUCAUUAUUUGCCUUAGAAGAAGCGCUCGAAGGACGUACAAGACAAAUUCCAUAUGACGCUAUUCUUGCAUUAGAUGUUGUAAUGAGACAUUUACCAUCAAUGACUUACACACCAGUAGGUAGAUCAUUUUUCAGUAGUCCGGAUGGAUAUUAUCAUCCAUUAGGUGGAGGCAGAGAAGUAUGGUUUGGCUUUCAUCAAUCUGUGAGACCGUCUCAAUGGAAAAUGAUGUUGAAUAUCGAUGUUUCUGCAACUGCAUUUUAUAAAGCUCAACCUGUCAUAGAAUUUAUGUGCGAAGUAUUAGAUAUUAGAGAUGUAAACGAACAAAGGAAACCACUUACAGAUUCUCAAAGAGUUAAAUUUACCAAAGAAAUCAAAGGGCUCAAAAUAGAAAUAACUCAUUGCGGAACGAUGAGACGAAAAUACAGAGUAUGCAAUGUUACACGUAAACCGGCACAAAUGCAAUCAUUCCCGCUACAAUUGGAAAAUGGACAAACCGUCGAAUGUACCGUUGCAAAAUACUUUUUGGACAAGUAUAAAAUGAAAUUGCGUUAUUCGCAUCUUCCUUGUUUGCAAGUGGGACAGGAACAUAAACACACAUAUUUACCACUUGAGGUGUGUAACAUUGUAGCAGGACAACGUUGUAUAAAAAAGUUAACAGAUAUGCAAACGUCUACUAUGAUUAAAGCAACAGCACGUUCAGCACCAGAUCGCGAACGAGAAAUUAAUAAUUUAGUAAGGCGAGCUGACUUUAAUAAUGAUUCUUAUGUUCAAGAAUUUGGUUUGAGUAUAUCAAACAAUAUGAUGGAAGUUCGAGGCCGUGUAUUGCCUCCGCCCAAAUUACAAUACGGAGGGCGCGUAAGCUCCCUCAGUGGACAGACGAAACAACAAGCAAUGCCCAAUCAAGGUGUUUGGGAUAUGCGAGGUAAACAGUUCUUUACGGGAGUUGAGAUCAGAGUAUGGGCAAUUGCUUGUUUUGCCCCGCAAAGAACAGUACGAGAAGACGCGUUACGCACAUUCACUACACAAUUGCAAAAAAUAAGUAACGAUGCUGGAAUGCCAAUUAUCGGACAACCAUGUUUCUGUAAAUAUGCUACUGGGCCAGAUCAAGUUGAACCUAUGUUUCGGUAUUUAAAGUCGACUUUCCAAGCAUUGCAAUUAGUGUGCGUUGUGCUACCUGGGAAAACUCCUGUAUAUGCUGAAGUCAAAAGAGUAGGAGAUACGUUACUCGGUAUGGCAACUCAGUGCGUACAGGCGAAGAAUGUCAAUAAGACGUCUCCUCAAACUUUAUCAAAUUUAUGUCUGAAGAUAAACGUGAAAUUAGGUGGCAUCAAUAGCAUUCUGGUACCAAGUAUCAGACCAAAAGUUUUCAACGAGCCUGUUAUAUUUUUGGGAGCAGAUGUAACUCAUCCUCCUGCCGGAGAUAAUAAAAAACCUAGUAUAGCUGCUGUAGUAGGCAGUAUGGACGCUCAUCCAUCGAGGUAUGCAGCCACGGUUAGGGUACAACAACAUAGACAAGAAAUUAUACAGGAGCUCAGUUCGAUGGUCAGGGAACUUCUUGUUAUGUUUUAUAAAAGUACUGGAGGAUAUAAACCACAUAGAAUAAUUCUCUAUCGCGAUGGUGUAUCGGAGGGACAAUUUCUUCACGUCUUACAACAUGAAUUAACUGCCAUUCGUGAAGCUUGUAUCAAACUUGAAGCUGAUUAUAGGCCUGGUAUUACUUUCAUCGUAGUUCAAAAAAGACAUCACACUCGUUUGUUCUGCGCAGAUAAAAAAGAACAGAGUGGAAAAAGUGGCAAUAUCCCGGCUGGUACAACGGUUGACGUUUGUAUAACUCAUCCAACAGAGUUCGAUUUCUAUCUCUGCAGUCACCAAGGUAUUCAGGGAACAUCUAGACCAUCUCAUUAUCACGUUCUCUGGGAUGACAAUCACUUCGAGAGUGAUGAAUUGCAGUGUCUUACGUAUCAAUUGUGUCAUACGUAUGUAAGGUGUACAAGAUCCGUCAGUAUACCUGCACCAGCUUAUUAUGCCCAUCUUGUGGCAUUCAGAGCUAGAUAUCAUCUAGUAGAAAAGGAACACGAUAGCGGGGAAGGAUCUCAUCAAUCAGGCUGUAGCGAAGAUAGGACACCAGGUGCAAUGGCACGAGCAAUUACUGUUCAUGCAGACACAAAAAGAGUUAUGUACUUUGCAUAAUUCUAUCGAUGUUAUUUUCUGUAAAAAUCGAAGCACCACAUUAAUGAUAAUCAUCAUAUCUUGGACAUAGGAAACAAUUCUAGACUACUUAAAUGUUAAACGAUCUUCUUGAGUGGUCAAUUUUUUUUUACUUUUAUAAUUAUAAUAAGUCUAUCCAAAAGCGCUGAUACAAGUGGGAGAUCAAUAUUUCGAAUUCCGCUUUAACGUGAUUGGAUAGACUUUCCAAAUCAUUUAGGAAGUAAGUUUUAAAGGAGGUGCUUUUAGUUAAUCAUGUUUUAAAGUAGAGUGGAGCAUUUUGCAGCUUAGCCGAUUGGUUGUUGCAUGGAAAAGUUCACAUAGACAAUUAAUAAUUAAAAAAUCGGCUGCAACGCACAUUACGCUUAUUUUUUUAGAGGUCUUAGUAUCUCUUGCAUUUGUAUGAUAUAAAUGGUCAGAUUGCUGGAUAAAAUUACAAUUAUAUAGAUCGCUUUGUGCGAGACUGUUAUACGUUUGAAUAUCAUUUGGUGUAAAUUGAAUUUGCCAGUUUUUAUGGAUGUUUUAGAUUGAUCGAUAAUGCGAUUACCAUGCUGAAAAGAUCUUAUAAAGAUAUGAUGAUGUAUGUAAGAUUACGUUUAUCAUCCAGCGUGGGCGCGAGGUUUGCGUUCUAAAACAAUUGAGCAAUGAUAAAUACAUUAGUAAAUAAAAAGCGAACGUAGAAAAGAAUUUAUAAAGGAAUAGAGCACAAGAGUCCAGGCAGCGUCAGAAAGAGCAGCUUUAGAGUGCGAACCUCUGAGACCUACAACAAAUUUUGAAUGUAUAAAAAUCUAAAAAAAAGUUGGCCACUUCAAGUCAUGAAGUUUGAAUGAAAGGGUAAAAUAUUAAACGAGUAAAUUGUGUAAAUGUUAAUUGCCAAGAACUCUGCAAGCCAACGGCCAAAGUAAGUUAGAGAUUUACUAGAGUCAAAUUGAAAGUGAUAAUUAUGGCGAAACAAUUUGUUAUGUAAUCCCUAUAGUGUCAGAAAAUCACAUUGUGCCACAUCUAACUAAUAACAUGCUGCUAUCUUUUAUAUGGCAUAAUUUUGAUCAGUCUAAAUCUAAUGUCACCGUUCACAGUGAUUAUGAGAAUUAAUUUGAAGAUAAAAUCAUGUAACAUAUCUUUACGAGUAUAGGGAAUACAUUGAAGGGGAAUUUUAAGAACAUUUUCUAUAUGAAGUAUAUUUAUUUGUUUUUAAUAUUUAAGCGAAUACACCAUUGAAAAUGUACAAAGACAUUAGUUUUAUUUAUCUCACAUUUUAGUUUUCACUAUUACUGUUUAUUUUUUUAAAUAUGUGGCACAUAACUCACUCCUAAUUAAAUAAACACAUAUACUGACGCUGUCUGAACUGAGAUGGCACGCGAAGUUUAAUAUUGACGAUAUUAAAAAAUGCAAUGAGAGAAUUGGAAUGAAAGUAAGAAAGUUUUGUACAGUACACAAAAUAUUAUAAUCAUGCUGAUAAAAGAUACUUAUGAUUUAAGUUGAACUAGACGUUACAGGGCAUUAGAUCUGGGCUGAUAAUAAAGCCUCGUUAAUGCAGGAAAAUAUUAAAAUAGCAGUAAGAUAUUGAUUCAAUAAUAACACAGAACGUGUGAAGAAAUAUUAAAUUCUAGGAUAAGAUAUGUUUUACUGCAAACGUAAUGCAAAACUUUAAGGUCCUUACAAUUUUACUAUGUCGAGUCAUUUAAUUGAGAUUCCUUCUCGUAAGUGGAAUCGAUUUCAAUAAUCUUUUAGAACAAUAAUCGAUACAAUAAUUGUAUUAAAAGACUUGGAAGAGCUAUUAAUGUACAACCAAGAGAUAGGAUAAUGUAAUUUAUAAUUGUGUAUCGAUGUCGCCGCACGCCAGAGGACAAUUAUGUAUUUUUCGAAUCAUUAAUACAUCGAUAAAAUGAUUAUGUUGUGAGAAGAAUUUUUAUUUUCUGUGAGAUAUCGUCAUUCGGGGGAUAUGUUUUUAUAUGAUUUUAGUAAAUUAUAAAUCAGUAUUAUUACCGGAAAAUUUAAAAAAAAAGAAAAGAAAGUAAGAAAAGAAAGCAAUUCACGUAAAAACAAAAAAAAAAAAAAUAGAAUAUAUCAAUUUUCAUAUAUCUCAUUGACUUAUGAUUAGCCAAUACGUACAUAUUCGAGAUAUGUGUUAUCAUUUGUCUGUAUUAAUGAUUCUGACAUUAGGCUUACAAGUGAUACAAAUGUAAUAUUAUUCUCGAAAGUAUGAAAAAAGGACCUUAUAUUAUCAAUAAUAUUUAUUGCAGUUAUAUAUUUAAGUAUAUAGUUUAAGAGAUUAUAUCUAUACUACUUAUAGUUGGAUCAUUUAAUACUUAGUUUUUGACUAUGUAAAAAUUAAGCAAGUUUUUAUUAUGAUUUCAUAAUAGCGCAUAUUUCUUUUGAGCAUAUACAUAAAAUGAUUUGAUGGUUUUGAUUCAUCAAAAAAAAAAAAAAAAAGAAAAAAAAAUGAAAAAAAAAAAAACUUUACAAAGGCAGCAUGUGAACGUAAUUAUCAAAGUAGUAUAGUGGAAUGUAUGCGAAAUUGCAUAGAAGAAAAGAGAAAAGUCUUAUCCGUGUUGUUGAAAAUGUAAACGGGAACCAAAAUGUGUACGCAGAAAUAAUUAGUAGGAUAUUACGAACCAUCGAUUUUUGAAUUGUAACGAGACCAUACAGAUCUAUUAGUUUUAAGUCGACCUAUGCACGAGAAGCAGCUACAACUGUAAUCAGGGCGCAAGUAAAUACCAAAAAAAAAAAGAAGAAAAAAAAAAAAGAAAAGUAAACAAAAAAAAAAAAAGAUAAAGACUUUGGAAACAGAAAGGAAGCAUAAAGUGGAUAUAAAAUAGAAAUAAUGAAUUUUAUUAACGUAAUAGGAAUAAUGUUCAAAUUGACAACCAUCAAAGUCCUGUUAAGUCCGAUUUCGUGUACGCGGCCCUCUAUGAAUUUUCUUGCGAUAAAAAUAACCAAGGUCUGACUAAAUCGAUAUUUUCCUGCGCCUAUAAAGAAAUUAGCCUCCAUUUGUAAAUAUACCUCAUUAACUUAUCCGUAGGAUCAUUUCUCACAUUGUCUGUAAACGCAGGCAAGAACGCUUAAUAAUUUGUAAUUUUUAUCUUGUAAGAGGUUGGAGAGAAAUAGGGUAUUCGUUAUACUUGUCAUGAUGAUCAUUACUUUUAAGUCAAUAUUGCAAAAUAUUAUUGUAACAAUAAUCGGAGAAAAACUUCAUUGAAAAAUUCGGUUUUAUAAUAGCUUGAAAGAUCAUCUCAUUCUGAUUUAAACGAAUAUUUUAAACGAUUAAGCCAUUGAUGAAAUUAAACGGAAAGAAAAAAGAAAAGAAAAGGAAAAAAAAAAAAAAAGAAAAAAAAAAAACGGGUGUAUAAAAUGACUUUAUUAGCGUGUAACAAAUUAAUCGGAAUCUAUUCCGAUGCGAUGAAUUCACUUUUACUAUCUAAUAUCUCAGAGAUAUUUUAAGUUGUAAGGCAAAUAAUUUAUAUGUGUAAUACUUGUACACAUGUGUACGUACGCGAGCAUGUAACGAGCAUGUGCGUACGUAUGUGUAUCGGUAUAUACACCAUGCAUACUUAUAUAAAUACAUUUUAUCACUGAUUCAUUCGUACACAAAUGCUGUUCACGAAGUAUACAUAUGAAUUAUAAUACAAUCUUAAAAAAAAAAAAAAGAAAAAAGAAAAAAAAAAGAAAACCAAUAACAUGUGAGCGAUACCCAUGUAUUUUGAAAAGCUUAACAGAUUACAUUAUAAUCAUUGUAUCUAAACGAUUAAUUCUUACUACUAAUAAGCGGGCUCUUAUACUUGAAAAGUAUAUAUUUGCUUUGAAAUUGGUAUAAUCAAUGUUUUGCAAAGUGGCAAUCUCCUUAAUAUAUGCAAUAUUUAUGAUAUAUGAGUCGAACAGAUAAAAAUCAUUAUUACCAAUUAACUUUCUCACACAUUUUCUCACAUUUUUGCACAGUAUUAAUAUUAACCCACAUUUCAUUUAACGAGCCAAGUCAGUUAUUUCAUAUAUUAUUGCACAAAAUUCGUAAAUAAGUUUAAUAUGCAAAUAUAUCUUAGGUAGAAAAAGUAAUUCGUAAAGCGCCACCAAAGACGCUGUUGCUGCGAUAUUAUAAUUUUUCCAAAUCUUGUUUAUAUCAAACGAAAGAGAAAUUGUUGAAUAAACGGUAGCAAAUUUGUUAUUAAAAGGGCGUAUGAUGUUUAAAUUCACGAUUAAACGUGCACAAGGGUACCUUUUUCUUUUAAUACGUUGUAGAAAUGAAAAUAUUCGAGGUAUGCGUGAACCAUUUGAUUUUUAAUGUAAAAACAUUUUUAAAAUAGGCAAUACGAUACGACGCGAAAGAUACAUAUAAUAUUUUUUAUUUUUAUUAUUUUUAUUUUUAUUUUUUUUUUUUUUUAUUUUCGAGUUUAUUGUCAUUCGCUACGCCGUGUUACCUUUAUAACACCGUUAGAAAGUCAUAAUUUUAGAUAAUAAGUUUAUUAUUGCUUAUUUCAUAUACGAUCGUAUAUGCAACAUAUUAGAUGUACAUGUAUAUUUCUUGAUAUCACAGCUUUAAGUGGGUAACAAGCUACAAAACGACUGGUAGUAGCGCUCACAGUACAUUGUAAUGCAUGCUAUGGUUUAAUAAUAUAAGUUGAUAAUUAUAUAUUAUUUACACAUUCUUAAUUCUUCGUGGAUAAUAAGCCUGAGGAGAUAUCGGUACAUUGAAAAAUAAUUGAAAUAACAUUAAAUUUAAGAGCGAUCGAAGAUGUAUUGUAAAAGUAACGCUUUAUAAGCUUAGUAAUAAUUUAUAAUUUAUAACUUUAAUUUAUAAUACGUAUAAUGUAAUUGGAAUCAUUUUUCGUUUUCUCUUCCACUUAUAAUGUGUUACUUGGAAAGGAUAUGAUGACUAUUGAAAGUUGAUCUCGAAAGAAGGAACGUUGCGUUUGAAAUACCAUUUGUUUCACGACUGCUAUCUCCGUGGCUUCGUACUUUAAUGGUGUACGAAUGGCUUUAUAACGUUUAAAUAUAAGAAACUGAUAACACAUAGUAUUUGCAAAGUAUAAGUUACUUAUAUCUUAACGGAAGUGGCCGUCGCUUCUUAGAGAUUCAUGACAUUAUACUGGAAGUAAUAUCUGUACCUAUAUAAUAUUUUCUCGAAGCUAAUGGGGCAAUAUCGAAGAACAAUUUUUCUAUUCUUUCUAUAAAAUUUGUUUAUCAUAUUCGUAUCACGCGUUGAUCCACGAUCUUAUGAUCAUUUAUGCUUAUCGCAAUAGCCAUUUAACGUUCGUCAAAAUCAAUUCAUUUUAUACACAAUUCAUACACAGCAAAGUUUAUAAUCAUUAUUUAGCAUAUCCGAUCUGUGUUGUAAAACGUCUCGAGUUAUCACUUUUUUUUUCAUCAGUUCUGCGGAUGAUUUUUUGUUCCUUUUUUUUUUUUUUUUUUUUUUUUUUGAGACAUUGGCUAUUGUGGAUUGAAAAAUUGCUACAAAAUUCGUGAUCUAUAUUACAGUUUUCGGUUUGAAAUUUUUUAUAUCGUCGAAUUCUUGCAACCCAUUAACUUCUCUUGCAACAAGGACAACGUCUUUGGCACGUUGUAAAGUGUAAAAGAUAAAAGGAGGAAUAAGAGAGGAAAAUUAUUGAUUAACACGGAGACGUUAAGAUCCAUCGUUGUAUAAUGUUUUAGAAAGAAAAGAAAAGAAAAGAAAAGAAAAGAAAAGGAAUAAAACUACUUUCUCUGUAUCUCUACAAGUGCCUGGCGUUUCGUCCGUAAAGUGGCAAACAAUAAGAUUGAAUUAAAUAUAAAACGACAAAUAUAAACGAUCUUCGAAAUUCUAAAGAGAUGAAUAAUAUCAAGUCGCGGGUGUUGUGUAACGAUAAAGCGUCGAAGUUAUUCUGUAAUAUUUUGACGCUGUCGAUAAUAAUUAAUUAAGAGAUAAAAACUAGGCAAUUAAUAGAUAUUUGUUAAGGGGCGGGUUGUGUCGUUUUAAAUAGGACGCUGCACGCUGAAAGUAUAACAAACAUAAUUAUAUUUGUUGGAGUCUUAUCGAAAUGCCGGGUAAAAAUGUUAUUUAUUAGAGAUAAGGUAUAUAUACCUAUUAUUAAUAUAACGUAUGUAUGUUCAUAUAUAUAUAUAUAUAUAUGUACAUACAUACAUAUAUAUAUAUAUAUAUAUAUAUAUAUACGUAUAUGUAUGGCAUAGGUACAUAUAUAAAGGCAGAAUACCACGUAAUGCGUUAUGCACGUAUGAGCAUAACAAAAUCUGUAUAUAUACACGUACAUAUAUAAAUAUAUAUAUAUAUAUAAAUCCAUAUAUAUAUAUAUAUAUGUGUAUAUAUAUAUAUAUAUAUAUAAAAUUAAAAACAUUCACGUCACAUAUAAUAUAUGUCGAAAGAAGAAUAACGUCAACUAUGAAACUGAUUUUAAUAUGUCACACCAAUAAUUAUUAUACAUAAAAUCGUUAAAGAAAAAGGAAACUCCAAAAAUCA